CGAGAUUUCCUUGGUGGCUUGCUACUACCUCAAGGUGUUCAAGCUGCUUCCUGGUGUGGAAGGUACGGACAGUAUACCACUGUCUCUGCUUCCUUGGCGGAUUAUUUUACCUGCGACUGCCCCCCUUCCCGACAACUCGGUUUGGCUUUUUUCUGGUCUCUCCAAGGUACAAAUCUACCUUACCUUGGACUGUCAUCGAAAAUACAACGCCAUCUUCGGCCACCGUAUUCUAUUCAGUACAGACACAUCGAACAAGAAAAGAAGAACAAAAGGAAAGCUGGUGUCAGACAACAACUGCAGCAUCUCCAAUCACAACCAACCCACCGGAUCUUCUCACCUCAUCCUGUCCUUCCCCAGGUGAACUACUGUAGGCAGCCUACCGACCACAGCUUCCGCAGACCGCAGACCGCAGGUGCUGUGCAGAUCGAAGCCUUGCCUCAUCGGGUGCGACUUACACCACGCACCUGCCACCACCACCCACCACGCGCUGCGCAACGUCAACCUCCACCGAGUCCCCAACUUCUUCUUCUCCUUCUGCUUCUUCUCCCCCUCUUCCCGCUAUCAUUCUACGGAUACACUAUCGCAGCAUCGUCUUGCUUUACCUCGACUCAGCCUCCUUUUGCGCGCAAUAUUCAACGCAGCACGCAGUAGCGACCAGAUAGAAUUCAAUAACCCGCCAGGCCAAAUACGAGGCCCCUCCCUUUACGGAUACUGCCCUGCCUGUCACUUUUGCACCCGCAGCUGCGCCUACGCCCGCGCCUGCCACCGACCUUGAACCAACCAACCUCCCCGCCCAUCCCGGCACCUUCAGUCCGGGGCAACUUGGCACCAGCACCAAGCACCCAGCACCCAGCACGAGCGCAAGCACCACCGCCAGCCUGUGCACGAGCAGAGGAAAGGCAGCCACGGCACACUCGGUGCCAUCCAU